UUCAGAUUGAGAGAAUUCAAGAUGGCUGCCACAGGUUCUAAGUAAAGGGCUAACUAUUCUAAUCCCACGGUGCAUGAAGCUCUCCUGAGGUUGUGGUGUCUAAUUCCUGCACCCCCCAGCUCCUCCUGUUUCUCAUCAUGUCCUCCACCUCCUCCUACUCCUCCUCGGGAGAGACUAGUCCAGAGGAUGUACCCCGAGGUGGGGGCACCAUCCGAGUCUACCUCCCCAACAAACAGAGGACAGUGGUGAAUGUUCGCCAAGGACAGACCGUGCAUGAGAGUCUAGAUAAAGCACUCAAAGUGAGAGGCCUAAGCCAAGAGUGCUGUGCUGUAUUUCGCCUUCUGGAAGGUCGUAAGAGGCUGACAGAUUGGGACACAGACAUCACUCCUCUGGUUGGAGAGGAGCUUUUAGUUGAGGUCCUGGAUGAUAUUCCCCUCACCAUGCACAAUUUUGUACGGAAAACCUUCUUCAAGUUGGCUUACUGUGAUUUUUGCCACAAGUUUCUUUUUAACGGAUUCAGAUGUCAGACAUGCGGCUACAAAUUUCACCAGCACUGCAGUAGCAAAGUCCCUACUGUGUGUGUGGACAUGGAUACAGUGAGCAAACGGUGUGAUUCCAAUGCCAGCACAGAGGAGUACCCGCGGAUAUUGUUGCCAGAAAAAUCCCCAUCGCAGUGCAACCUAGCCUUAACCCCAGAGCCUGCUGGGAUGGACCUCCUGUCCCCGACCUCGGCCUUUCGCUUCCCCAUGCCAGGUGGAGAUGGCCAGUCUCUACAGAGGCAUCGCUCCACCUCCACUCCCAAUGUUCAUAUGGUCAGCACAGUGGGCCCUGCAGGUGCCAGCAUUAUAGAGGAAGCACUAAAAUUCAACAACACAAUGGGUCCCGAGCCCUCACCGAAGCCCUCCACCAGCCCACCGUCUUCUCUUGGCUCUCCAGGGAGGAGACCACCCAAGUCUCCUUCAGAGCACAAGGAGCGAAAGCCCUCUUCCUCCGAUGACAAAAAGAAAGUGCACCGAGGGGGCUACAGAGACUCAAGUUACUACUGGGAGGUCCACUCUCGAGAAGUCAACAUUCAGAAGAGAAUAGGUGCUGGCUCCUUUGGAACUGUCUUCAAGGGCAAGUGGCAUGGAGACGUGGCAAUCAAGAUCCUUAAAGUCACAGAGCCAACGCCUGAGCAGUUACAGGCCUUCAAAAAUGAAAUGCAGGUCUUGCGGAAGACCCGCCACGUCAACAUCCUGCUGUUCAUGGGCUACAUGACUAAGCCAAACUUUGCCAUCAUCACCCAGUGGUGUGAAGGCAGCAGCCUGUACCGCCAUCUGCAUGUCACAGAAACCAAGUUUGACACUAUGCGUCGCAUUGAUGUGGCCAGACAGACGGCGCAGGGCAUGGAUUAUCUUCAUGCGAAGAACAUAAUUCAUCGAGAUCUGAAAUCAAACAAUAUUUUUCUCCAUGAGGGCUGGACUGUUAAGAUUGGUGACUUUGGCUUGGCCACAGUCAAGUCUCGGUGGAGCGGCUCUCAGCAGGUAGAACAGCCCAGUGGAUCCAUUCUCUGGAUGGCUCCUGAGGUGAUCCGAAUGCAGGACAGCAACCCAUACACGUUCCAGUCUGAUGUAUACGGCUAUGGAGUAGUGCUGUUUGAGCUGAUGUCAGGGACCCUGCCUUACUCCAAUAUCAACAACAGAGAUCAGAUAAUCUUUAUGGUUGGACGCGGUUACCUGUCUCCAGACCUCAGUAAGCUGUAUAGUACCUCACCUAAGUCGAUGAAAAGGCUUAUCAUUGACUGCCUGAAGUUCAAACGUGAUGAGAGGCCCCUAUUUCCACAGAUCCUGGUAGCCAUUGAGCAGGUUCAAGAUCUGCUGCCAAAAAUUGAGCGGAGUCGCUCGGAGCCAUCGCUCCACCGGGCCGUCCAUGCAGAGGACCUGAACCCUCUCCUGUUCCACACCACCAGGCUGAUGCCACUCUAAGCUCCUCACAGUACUGGGCAGAGAGGCCAUCACCUUGUCCAGAACCACAACAUUCUUGUGCCUCAGAGAGGCCACAGGCUGACUGUCCUGAUGGACACUGACCCCCAACUCACUCCCUGGCCCUGCAGAGCCUUGGAGCUACAGCAUUCAGCGCAAAUAUUUGUGUCUGCAGAAAUAACCUUAACACAUUGUUUAGUCUGACAGUGAAUCCUCAUGUCCGUUAAACAGAUGACAGAGAUAUGCUCAUUAGGUGAAAUAAUUGUCUACGGUUUCUAGAAGUAUGUUAAAAUACCUCUGGUUAGUCCACUUGAGAAAAGCCAUCAGACUGGUUGACUAGCAUUAGAUACGCUGACUUAUUAGGAGGUUUCUUCAGUUGUUUUGAGGAAAAGUAAAAAUAGACUUGUUUUGCACAUACAAAAUUGUGUUUCCCAUUUUUAGUAGUAAAUUAGUUUUAUUCAGAUGUUUUGAGGAGCACUGUGAUCAUAGCCAAAAAUCAGUUCAUCAGCCAUAAUGCUGGAGCUGCUGGUUCAGGUCACUUGCUCAGUGUCAUGUGCCCAUUUCAGUCUAAAACAAUGGAAACGGGUUCUGAGAUCUGAGAUGUGAAUGUCGUGAUUUGAAAGCAAACUGUGUGCCUGUUUGAGACUGUUCUGUAAAAGAUACAACAUUUUGUCUUUAUGGAAACACAUGCAACAUAUUUAACUACAACAGCAGCCCAACAUGAGAAGCCAGAAUAGAUGGACGACUUCAGACGCUGAACUAUGCAGAAAGGUUCAGAGAAAAAUUCAAAUGAAUAGUAACCUUGUUCAGAGUGUGUGGAUCUCUGUAAAUCAAACAUCUCAGAAUAAUUGAUCAAAUUUGGAUAGACAUCCUCAAGGAGGCACACAGUUGUCUUUUAAAUCUAGUUCAUCCAGGACCCACGUUUCCAUUGUUGCAAUGGACUAAAAAAGUAAACUAAAAAAAAAAAGCAUUGGACACAUGGAAGGUGAACAGCUAAACCAACAGGACUGGGCACAAUUGGCUAUAGAUCCAAACAGAAAUAAGUUUCUAUUGCCUGCAGGGUAGAGACAGGCAUUUAAUUCCUUUAUUCCUCUGUUGAGUCUUAAAACCUUAUUGUUUAGAAACAGUACAACAAUAGGGCAAGUUGGACUGGUUUUACUAAUUUUCUUGAGUCACUAAAACCUAACAAAGAAUGUCAUGCUGCACGUCAUGCCUACAGCUGUGGUAGGCAGUUGAUUUUUGUUGUCAUUGGGUAAAAAUACCAUAAUGAUCUUUUCACAUAUUGUAAUUGAAGUCGUGUGAGAGAAAACUAGACUUUCUCCUUGAGAAGAUGAGUUGCAGUGAGAGGGACCAGGGUCUUGGCGAGGCUCACGUUGUGGAGAUCGGACCCUACGUGGCAUGAGGUUUUGCAUGGCAAGCGACCCUCCCCGCUGCCGUUCCAGCUCGUGGGUUUGGUGGGAGGGGUUAGCGCAGUGAUACGAGGCAGAAGGUUUUUUGCCGAACGCAGCUUUAAGCCGCUGUCAGUUCCUCAGACACAUUAAUUUCAUGCUUGUAAUGUUAUACACCGUACUCCACUGGGAUUUAUUUUAGCUUGUUGUAAUACGUUCAGAUUGAACAGAAGGGUUUGUCCGAUGAUUUAAUGUCAUUCUGAUAUUUAGAAUUUCCAAGCCAAAAUAUUACGAGUUUUCUCAAGCAUUUAAUUUUUACCGGUUCAAAGACACCCCCCUUAAAAGAUGAGUUUAGUCAUCACAGCGCACUAACACCCAGAAUAUUAACAUUUUGAUGCAGAUAGAAAUACUGUAGACAGGUCAAUAGACAGCUUAGUAUAGAUUAAUUUUAUAACUAUGUAUUAACUGCUACAGUUUAGUAUUGUGUAAAAUCAGCUCAGUUAAUUGGUCUGCCCCUAACACACCCAUGACAAACGUACAUGGACCCUCCCAAGGCUUUUUAUUCCACUGACUCCUAGUUUAUCAGAAUGUCAUCACACUCCAGAUGGCAGGAUUGAAGAUAAGAUUCACACAUGUCAUGUUAUGACUUAUAUUCAGUCAUUUUUAGCCUAAUGAGGAAUUGACAUACCUUAUUAAGUUGCGGUCUUAAUGUUAAUAGUUGUAUUGCUGCUACAUAUAGUGAAUUUUUUGUUCAGUUUUUUUUUUUCUACAACUCAGAAAUGAGAGACGUUGGGAUUGGAGUGCACUCAUGGCACUCUGCUACAAUGAGUCUUGUGCAGUUUAGUCUUCAAAAUGUAUUCUUAUCUCUCUCAAACUCAGCAUCACAGAUUAGCCACUGGUUGAUAUUUCACAGAUACAUGCCCACACACAUACGCUGUUGAUGAUACAUUAACACUGUGAGUAACUUGGUUAUUUAGUCACUCCGAUGUGGAUGCACUGUGGGAGGUAAUUAAUGUUGUAAGGUUCAGUAUGCUUCAAAUGAGCUGGGCUGUAAGACAUACUGUCAGACCAUGUCUAGAGGCAGAAGUGUUUUCCUGUUCCAAAUGGCCAUACCCCAGGCAGCCACCAGCCUCUCUCCAACAAUUCCCUGUUUAAAGCCUGGACACAACGCGUCAGUUUAAUCAGGACCUUUUCGGACAGUCUCUCCUGGAAGGCGUUCACACUGUUCCUUUCCAUUACUGGUGAUUAUGUGAGGAGCUUGAAAGAGAAGUACAAAUACUGCUUAUUUUAAAGCGGGCAUGAACAAUGAAUAUCUCACAUGUGGCCAAGCCAGGCUGUCUGUACACUGUCCGUUUGUCUGGGCUCUCUUCUCAGGAGAAGAAUGAUCAUGUUGCUAUCAUGCCCGGAGUUGCUUUUCCUCUCUGUGUCCUGUACGAUCUGUGACACUAGUGAAGAAUUCCUGACUUCUGAAAGUUUGUCUUUUAUUGGCACCUUAACUACUAGCAGUAAGGAUUUUGCUUGGAUUCAAGCUCAUUGUUUAUCACAUCAGCAGACGCCUGCUCUGUGUUCUUAGGUUUGUUUUUUUUAGAAAUUGACAUGCCUGUAGUUGUCAGAUUUUUAGACAUUUAUAAGCCAUAGUAAUUUAAUCAUGUAGUUUUAAACCACAGUUGAUAAUAUUUAGCAAGAAAACAUUUGGGACUGAUUCGAUAGAUAAUGAUAUAGUUUCUGUUGGCAGUGGUUAGAAAGUGGUCCAAAGUACAGCCAAAAAAGAAUCUCAGCUUCCAGUUUAGUAUUAGUUAAAAGAUAGGUUUGGAUUAUUGCAUCCUAAUACUUUUCUUGCCAUAUACUGUACAGUACCUUCAGUUCCUGAUUACCGUAGUCAUUCUCACUCAUGAGAGUACCCUGUAAAAGAUGGGGGACAAACUCCAGUCCUCGUUUUGUACAGAAACCUAUGAGUCUUUAUCUUAACCUUCAGGGUGACACAUUGUUAACAUCACGUUUCCUCCCUGUAUUUCCAUGGACAGUUUUUCCUUGCGGGCCCUGCGUGAGUGUUAGUUUUUGAUAUUUGCACAUAGGUUAGUUGCCAGGAAGACCUAAACAACUGGCAACAAACCUACAUGCAGCUGCCAGAAUCACUGACUAUGUUGUCACACUAAGAAGAAGAACAUCACAGCCAGUAUGGGGAGGUGGGAUGAUAACAGCAGUCACUAAGUCAUGUGAGAACUGUAGUAAGAGCUGAUGUGAAGGAAAUUUAAAACUAUCCUUAAAGUCACUGGUAUCCCUCAUAACUCUACUAGUCCUGUUCAAACAGGACUAAUGGGCUAAUGCACAGCAAAAAGUGCCCUUUUUUUCUCUUGAUUGUUGGGUGGGAACAGUUACUGAGUGAAGGAAAAGCAACACCUCCCUUCAGAUUGUCUCUGUUUUUAACCAGAGUCUUGAUUUUCAACAUUUCCACAGCACUCUUAUGCAUGACCACUAUCUUUCCUGCAUUUUAAUAGUGACCGAGGUAACUCUUCUAAUGUGUUCUUUGGAGUUAAUUAACAGAGCUCAUUGCCCUGGAGUGAUUGGUCAUUCUGAAAUUAUUAGCUUCAUGAUAAGAAUGAGUUCUGGGUUUUAGUGUCACACUCAAGUGUAAAUGGACAAGCAGCAGCUGUGAGGGUGGUGUUUGGUGUUCUGUGAACUGGCCUUGCUUCUCUGUAUAUUGUAUGUGAUGUGACUGAUCAUUAAGCAGAACAGAGCUGACCUGGCCUAUGGUCUGUGUCGGUCAUCAAUGAUUGACAGCAGUUGAGACGUUUAAACCUUGAUAUUUUAAUGUUGUAAUAAUAGGGGCUGGGUACCCUAACUGUUCUUACUCAUUGCAGUUAUAUCAGUGGAUGGUGGUGACAGGGAAAUUGGUUUUACCAGCAGGGGUUGGGAUGGGGAUUUGUGAACCAGGGUUGGGAAAGACUUUGUUUCAGUUUUUCUCUUAUUUAUUGACGUCUUUGCAGGUCCUCGUCUGCAACCACGGCUCUUUGAGAUGGAUUAAAUGUUUACAGAGAGAGAUAACUCUUUGCAACAUUCACGUCAUCACGGGACACUUUCUCUCUAACAAGAAUGUGCUUCAGGCAUGGUACUGUCUGCUCCUUCAAAUGACUUUUAUUCUGAUACCGUCUCCUGCAGGGGCAUUUGUUAUAGCUUUUUAAUCUUGAGCACAAACUAGGUAUCAAACUUUUUAGCAGAAUUUUGUUCAUAUAUUUUCACUACAAUGGCAUUUGUUAAUGGCAACACUUCAAAAUACUGUAAAAGUAAGUGAUAUGGUGGGCGGUGAGUGAAACUUGAGCAUGUCCUGUGAUAUGUACAGUUAGUUAAGUCAUGGCCUGCAGAAUGAAACAAAAACCAUCUUUUUGUAUAUUUUAAAUUUCCAUAAUGCAAAAUCAGAAGUGCUUUACAACCACAUUAAUCAGGUUUCCCUUUAUUUCCUUAAGGAUAUUCAAUCAUUUUGGCUCAGUUUUGUGUUACCAUGGUGUCUCCCAAAGAGAACUGUGUUCAUGUGUCAUCUAAAGGAGGAAGGAGCAAGUGCCACAGUUACUGGAAAUCCCUGUUAAAAUGGACCUGUUGGCCUCAUGACACAUACAAGAUACUUUGCUGCCUGCACCAGAGGGGAAAACCAGACUUAGCACAACUGUUCGUUUCAGAGAAGAAGAGGAUGAGAGAGCUGUAUCAGAGUAGGUUUUUAUUUUAUUUUUAAUAUUUUAUUUUUAUGUUUUGUUUUGUUUUGUUUUUUUUUGUCCUUUCAUAUCUCUAGGUGAAUUGCAAUACUUGUGUUUAUAGUUUAUGAGGUGUCAGGGGUGUUCAGUUUGCAAUAAAUGGUAUAUUCUGCUGUG